GUUUUGUUUUGGUUAAUGUAGUUUACAGAGUAUACACACUACACAGGUUUAGAUGCAGAUGAGAGUGUAUAUAAUGUGUUUAGAGAUGGUUCUAUGUAUAAAUAGGCAAUACAGUAAUGGAAAAAAUCUAUGAUUGUGCUUACAUUCAAUAAUUCUCACCACGAUACAAUAAGUCUAAUUAAUUACAAAAUUUGAUUCAAAAAGGUUCAAACACAGCUACAAUCAGUCAUCAAGCCAUCUCUUUCGACAUUACUCAAUUACUGUAAAACUUGUUAGUCUACGCAUAGAAUAUGUAAAAGUUUUUUAAAUUCCCAUUAGUUAUGAAGAAGUGAUUUCCAAAAUAACUUGAUGGUCAAAUUCAACUUAUUGGUAAUAGUGUAUUUCUACUGUGUCACAGGCCUUGUGGAACAACUUUGAGUACAUCCGAUUUAAAUUUUGGUUUUCCAGUUUAUUGAUAAGAAUCGAAAAAUGAAUCAUGCUGCAAUUUUGGCCCUAGGUGGUAUUGGAGGAGAUGUUUUAAGGGUUUUAUAUGAUGAAGAAGUAUUAACAGCCAUGUUAGCAUUUAUUCAUCCAUGUGAAAAAACUAUACUGAAGCAAUUAAUAAACAUCGCAGAUAGUUAUAAAACCCUCAAAUGCUUUACAAGGAGGAUUCCUCACUUUGGAAAAGAACAGAUAACAUUGGAUGAUGGCUCUAAGAUCAUGCCAGGGAUGUAUUUACGUGCAUUUUCCAGUGGUUUGCAUGACAGCUUGGAGCCAUAUCGCACCAACCUGGUCAAUCUGGAGAAAAAAGUUUUGGAAUUUCCUGAAACAACUUUGUCAGGAAUCCUCUCUGAAGUUUUGCCUUUUGUUCCUUUGCUCACUACUUUGAACUCUAUCGUGAACCAGAUUGUUGCAAAUAAACUUCAUGGCUGCAAGAUUUUACAGAUGUUGCAUCAAAAUUUGUUAUCGGGCAUUGACAUGGUGGAUACAGCAAUGGCAAGGAUUAUACAAUGCUGUCAUCAGGUGAUGUUGAAGCAGCUUACCAGUUGGCUGCUCCACGGUCAUCUUUUGGACCCCUACAGUGAGUUCUUCAUUGAGUCUUGUAUGACUUCCACUGACGGUCUACACUCCAGCAUGACUACACUCGACAGUGAGAGCGUGCCUGACAAUGUUUUGAAUGAGCCUCUUACUGAGUAUAGGAUUGUCUUGGACCAGGUGCCCAGCUACAUCCCUCCAUCCGUGCCAGAGAAGGCUAAGUUUGUGGGCAGCAUGGUCAUACUAUUCUCUAGAGACCCCCGGGAUAAGAAUUCUGAUGAGUGCAUAAAGAUGCACAACUUUAUCAGCAAAAAAAUGGAGUCUUCGCUGUUGGAACAACUGAAAUCUCUUCAGAAUUCUCGAGUGUUGAACAUCUCAUGUCUAGAGUCUGCCAUAGACAACGUACGAUUAUGUGUUACUCAGCAUCUGUUCUCAUUAGCCAAGGAUGGAGCAGAUUUGAUGGGUGAGUUGAGGCUGAUCAGGGAUUUAUAUCUGCUCGGUAGAGGUGAGCUGUUCGUCACAUUUCUGCGCAAUGCCAGCAAUACAUUGCUGAAGUCGGUUUCCUCCAACAGUGGUAGAGAUUUAAGUAACUUGUUAAACACUUCAGCUCGCAGUGUCCAAUUGAACAGUGAUGUCAUCAUGGAAAAAUUCUCGUUCAAAGUACCACCGAAAGAUGCUGUUGCACCUGGAUGUUCUGUAUGGUCGGUAAUGACUCUGGAGUACAACCCCCCCUGGCCCCUCCACCUGCUGUUCACUCCGACUGUGCUUCUGUCUUACAACAAUUUAUUCAACUUCCUGCUACAGGUCAAAAUGGCUGAACUUAACCUCCACAAUGUUUGGCUUGAAAUAAUCAAAAGGAAGGAUCAACCUGUGCGGCAAGAGGUAUGGUCACUACACAACUGCCUCAUGUUCCUUAUCCACAAUCUCCAGUGUUACCUACAACUGGAUGUGCUGGAGGGUGAGUUCAGCAUUCUUCAAGCUGCCCUGGACAAAACUGAGGACUUUGAGCAGGUCAUUCACCAGCACAGCCUCUUCAUCACUCAUAUCACAGCCCAGGCAUUUUUGCUUUAUAAAGAGGUACACAAUCCAGAUCAACCUUCUCAGGUGAAACGUCAUCCGGUCAACAGAUGUCUGACAGAGAUUCUCAAACUGUGUGACAACUAUUGCGCAGAGGUUGCCAAAGGUGUUGAGAUCAGUGAAGAGAGUUUAAAUAAGUUCACCGAAGACUUAGAUUCAAACAUCUCAAUGUUAAUGACUCUCAUCACAUUGUUAGGAGACAAAGACUCCGGUCUGCGCCUGCUGUUGUUAAGGUUGGACUAUAAUCGGCACUUCAGUGGUCGAGCAAAUUAAGCAGUGAAGUGUUCCUCCUAUCUUUGUUUGGAUACAAUGAAUUAAAUAUGCACAUGCACCUAUUAUUAUUGAGAUUGGACUGUAACUGGUACUUGAGUAGUUGAACAAACUAAACAAUGAAGUGAUGUCUGGUCUUUAAUGACUAAUAUAUUACCAAUAUUAGUUUGUUGUUUAUAUUUUUAUAUUUAUCAUUAAAUGUUUUAGAUAAUCAA